CAAUGAUCAUGACAAUGGUGGUGAUUGCAACCCUGUCAUCAUCAUCAUUGGUCGCAGAGGCAGCAGCAGCAGCAACAGCGAGCUCCCGCCAACACGCACCGCAGUCAAAGUCGCUCGAGCGCUACCACGCAGGACUCUCCCACAUUGCCGCUGGGCCCAGCGAGUACGACCAGGCCAUUGCAGAGCUCAACGCAGCCAUCGCCGCUGCCCCGCGGUUUCGCCCUGCGCGUCUGGCGCUCGUGGCGGUGCUCCGUCGCAAAGCGGUGGCAAUUCAGGCACAGUCGCACGCUGCCACCCACGCCGCAUCAUCAUCAAUAGACUCGAGCGAUGGUGGUGCAGGUGAUGGCAAUGCUGCUGAUGGCGGUGGGACGGAUCCGACACGGCAAGCUCGAGCCAAGCCAGCCUCCGAUGCUCUGUCUUCGUCAUCAUCGAGACGGACGAGUCCUGAUCAUGAAACGAUCAACCUCGAUGGUGCUCCAAUGUCAAUGUCAGAGCUCGACGUUCGAAUCGACCGAGCAAACGCUCUCGCCGAGCAGACACUGCGCGAUAUGAUUUCAUUGGAUUCAACCGACGCUCAAGCGCGCUACCUGCUGGCAGGCCAUCUGAUGCUCGUGUCGUCGCUGGAAUCGCGCGGAGCCAGUGCACACUUGAGCCACGACGACGACAACGACGACAACGACGAGGAUCCCAGCGUAAACUCGAAAUCACCGGGGGAGUCGGGCCACAAGAACCAAAAGAAUGCCAAGAGUUUGACACGCUCGACCGCACUGCGCCUGAGCGAGGCCAAAACCCUGCUGGAAUCAGCGGUUGCCAUUCAGCCAUCGCAUGCAGAUGCGCUCUACAACCUGGCUGUCAUCGUAUGGACGGAAGGCGAGCGUGAGGCGACUCUGCGCCCGCUGGCAUUCUCUUCCCAAGCAGCACACCCAAAUCCUCGCUAUCAGGAGGCCGAGGCUUACUGUCAAGCUGCUAUUCGAGCGAUCGAGGUCAUGGAAGUGGCGGCAGAGGAUGGAGGGCACCGCAUCUGGCAGCAUCCGCAUGUCGCGGCCGAAUUGCUCCUCGGCCACAUUGCCAUGACCAGCAAUGACGCUGCAAGAGGCGCAGACCGAGAAAGUUACACUGUGGAUGGGGCGGAAGUGUCCACCGACUCCACGACCCGGCGCGCCAUUCGCCACUUUGAAACGGCGAUCAAAGACUUUGCCGCGGUGCAGCAGCUCGCCUGGCCAGACCGGUUGAGCAAGAACAAGCCCAAGAUGAGUGAUUCGCGACAGCGCCAACCCAAGAACUCGUCCCAACGACGGAAACGCUCUCGGAAGAGCGAUAUGGAGCGCGAUCUUGCCGAAGAGUUGAACGACGAAGAGGAAGACCUCUUGACCAACCACGACCACUCGGACUCGGCGUUUCUUCACCACGAUGACAAUCACGACAACGACGGGAGCGAAAAGUACGUGGUAGAGACACUGCGAGAAACCCACCGCGACCUGCAGGCCACAGCACACUUGCCCAUGCACUUGUUUUGGGGAGGCCAGCUGGCCGAUCUCCGCGCAGAAGCGCACCUGUGGCUCGGCAAGACGCUUGCUCAGAGCGACAUUUCGCCAUCUGCCGUGCUUUUUCACACCGAAUCGGCUGUUGCAGAUGCAAUUGAGCGCGAAACGCUGCUUCAGGCCGGCGGGCGGUCGUGGACGCGAUUGGACCAGCUGCCAACGCGGCCUUCGCUUCGGCAUCGCAUGCUGGAGCAGCAUUUGCUGCAAUCACUACAGCUGGAAGCGCUGCUGCCCUAUCCUUUCGCCAUGGAUCCGAUCGAUGUUGCGUUUGUGGCAGCACGCGUUUUGCAUCACACGGCUGCAACGCCACAGCAGGCCAUCCCGCACUACUUGUACGUCUUGUCGCUCGACCCAGACCUCGUACUGGCACUCGCGGGUCUUGCGAACGCUUACCAGCUCGUCGGCGAGCUUGACAAGGCGGCGCAGUCCUGUGAACGUGCCUCGGCGCUGGCCCCUGAGGAUGCGCUCCUCGCAAACGACUGUGCCCUUAUCCUGGCGGCCAACCGGCAGUUUGACUUGGCUGAAGCGUACUACAAGCGCGCGAUUCAGUCUGCGCCCGACUUGUUGGAGCCGCGGUCCAAUCUCCGCGCGCUGUACAGCUUUCUCGGCCGCACCGACGAUGCCCUGGCCCUAUUCCAGUCACCGGCAGAAGGAGGAGGAGCAGCAGGAGGCAAGGAUGAUGUAGCAUCAUCGCCGCGAGACUUGACCGAGCAGCAGCAGCAUCGCUCCAAAAUGGCGACGGCACAGAUUGCGGUAGAGCGGGCCAUGUUGCACGUUGCGAAUCAAGACCCAGGCGCGGCAGAGGCGGCACUGCAAGAAGCCGUUGCGAUUCUCCCUUCCAUGUUGAGCGCACGUGUCAAGCUAGCCACCUUACUCGUCGCAUCGAACGCGUCUCGGUUGGAAGAGGCAUUGUAUCAUAUUCUGCAAGCGCUUGAUACGGCGAAACAGGUCUGGCAUUGGGCGCUUUUUGCCAGCAACCGCGACGAGCAAGAGUCCGCUUCUUCUGACGACGGUCUUGGCGCAAAGCAGCAGCAGCAGCAGCAGCAGCAACAGCAGAGUCGGCGACGGCGGCGAAAGAGUCGCUCGGCAUCUGCAGACGCUGAGCAGCCACAGCUCCAAGAAGCGGCGACCCACAUCCCUCCUUCGGCCACGCCGCCGCCAUCGCCAAGCCCCGUCACGGCGUCGGAACUGGCAAUAUUGUACUUUCACGCUGGCAUGAUUCUUGAUCUGAGCGGCCACACGGCUGAAGCGUUGGAAAUGUUCAAUCAAGCGACAUUCCACUCGCCUGGAUUUUCACGCGCUCACAUGCGCGCGUCCGUGUUGUUGUCGCGCCACAUUCAAGAGGUUCAGGUGCAGGCGCAAGAGCUGAAUGAACCGCUGGACAGCGAUACCAUCACGCACUUGCAAUCUCUGGCAGCGCAGGCGUCCGUCCGCAGCCGCAUUGCCCAGCGUCCGCGCUGGUUUGACUGGUACGAAGGCAGUCUGUUGCAGCAGGACGCCGUCUUUGUCUCCGACUCGCCCGUUGCUGGCAAGGGCUUGUUUGCCAAGCGCGAUUUGCCUGCAGGAACUCUGCUUGGCUACUACAACGGUCCGCUCACCUGGGAGUUCACCCGUGUCGAGUGGAUGUACACGGGCCUGCGGCCGAGCGCGGAUUCUUCGCUCCGCUAUGUGCUGAAGAGCGACCGACAUGACAUGACCGUGAUGCCCAUUCAAACAGUCACUCUCGACGAACCUGAUGGCGGCACGCGAGGCGCCACGGCGUCGACGCGACAAAAGCAGCAUUCGAGGCAACCGCGCACGCGGCAGGUGGUCGAUGCACCUGUCAAUCUCGUGCAUUUUAUGAACGAGCCACCUCCGGACAAGCAACUCAACUCUGUGCUAGAGUACGCCCAUCUCGACCGCCGCGUCUUGAGUGACAUCUUCCCGCGAGCGGUUGCAGAGCAGAUGGCCGAGUCACUGAGUCUUCCAAAGUCUGCGCUCGCCUCGUUGUCUGAGAUUGACGAUACUUUUACCAACUCUGCCACUCGAGACAAACUCUUCCACUCGCAAGACAUUCGGCGAAUUGCGCUAGAGUCGUUAGCGCACGUUGGCGGUGAAAUGGACGAUGUGGCCUUUCUCAAAACUCGCCAGCCCGUCAAAGCCGGUGAGGAGUUGUUCUGGUGCUACGGGAUGGCUUAUUCGCGCGAUUAUGCGGUAUCGGGCGAUUGCCUGGGGUCGCCGCGCUGAGGUGGAAUCGAGUUGAGCUCCUCUUUGCUUGUAUUUUUGAAAUUGCUUUUGCCUAUUGUAUCUCUGCUUUGUGUGUUGCGCUACGCUUUGUGUUUGUUUGUUUUUGGUUUCUUGGUUUUGAAUUCCACUGUAUUCUACAUGAGCUAACAAUUCGAAGACCCGAA